AAAGCAGCAGCCGGUGAACAAAUCCCUCAACAAGCAAAUUAAUCAAGUCCCCAGUUCCUCUAAUCUUCUGAAAUAAGCCAUAUCAGAUAUGGAUCAUCAAUCCAUGAAGAUCUGCCACUUGGUGGCCCUACCUUAUCCUGGUAGAGGCCACAUCAAUCCAAUGAUGAACCUUUGCAAGCUGCUGGUUUCAAGACGCCCUGAUAUUCUUAUCACCUUUAUUGUCACUGAAGAGUGGCUUGGCUUCAUUGGUUAUGCAACCAAGCCGGAAAACAUCCGGUUUGCUACCGUGCCUAACGUAAUUCCCUCUGAGCUUGUUCGUGCCAAUAACUUUUUUGCCUUCCUGGAAGCUGUUUUCACAAAGAUGGAAGCGCCAUUUGAGAAGGUGUUGGAUGAGGUUGAAUCCGCGUCCCCAGUAAGUGCUAUUAUAGCUGAUACUUUCAUGCCUUGGGUUGUUAGCGUUGGCAAGCGCAGAAACAUUCCUGUGGCUACGCUUUGGACAAUGUCUGCGUCCGUAUUUUCUGUUUUCCAUUAUCGUGAGCUGUUAGACAAAAAGGGGCAUUUCUCAGUUGAAUUAUCAGAACGGGGAAACGAGCUUGUUGACUACAUCCCUGGACUUCCUUCAACAAGGGUAGCUGAUCUUCCAACAAUUUUGCAUGGAACUGGAUCUAAUGAAGGUACCAGAAAAGUUUUAAACAGGGUCUUGGAAAGUGUUUUAAGGGUGUCAAAAGCACAAUAUCUUCUCUUCACUUCUGUCUACAAGCUUGAAGCUCCAGUGAUUGACAAUUUAAAAGCUCAAUUCCCUUUUCCUGUGUACACGAUUGGACCUACCAUACCCUUCUUUCAACUCAAACACAACUCUUCAUCAACAACAACCAGUAAUCUCAAUGGACGUCCCAACUACUUCGAGUGGCUGGAUUCCCAACCUAAUGCCUCAGUCUUGUAUGUCUCAUUGGGAAGUUUUCUAUCAGUUUCAAGUGCCCAAAAGGAUGAAAUUGUUGCUGGGGUGCGCAAUAGUGGUGUACGGUACUUGUGGAUAGCUCGUGGCGAUACUUCUCUCUUUAAAGAUGGCUGUGAUGAUGCAGGGAUUGUAGUGCCUUGGUGUGACCAAUUGAGGGUGUUGUGCCAUUCUUCCAUCGGGGGAUUUUGGACACAUUGUGGCUGGAAUUCUACUCUUGAAGCUGUUUACGCUGGUGUUCCAAUGCUUACAUUUCCAAUCUUUAUGGAUCAAGUUCCAAACAGUAAGCGAAUUGUGGAGGAUUGGAAGAUUGGAUGGAGAGUGAGGAGAGAGGUUGGGAGUGAAAGUUUGGUGACAAGAGAAGAGAUUUCAGAGCUAGUGAAAAGGUUAAUGGAUAUGAAUAGUACUGAGAGGAAGGUGGUGAGUAAAAGGGCUAGAGAACUUAAAGAAAUUUGUCGAGGAGCAGUUGCUGAAGCCUGA